AUACUGUUUCUUAAAAGGUCAAGUUUAUCUCAGUUUUGGAAUGCCAGUAGUAAUACAUUUAAAAGGUCGUAACUUUUGAGUGUCGCACUUUGAAACAGUAACAGUACCUGGGCUUCAGAGUUCAGUUUGGCUGUGACUUAAGAGUAAGAGCCCGCAUGAUCACAACUGAUCACCAUUUAUUGAGUAUGAAUACUCUUCGGAAAAUAAACGUAUCUAGCAAGUUCUGGGAAGCAGACAGGGUCACGGAUGGCGCUCUGGGACAGGCGGAAGGAUGGAAGCGGCGUCUACCUUUGAAAAGCCUUAAAUCUGGAAGUAAACUGUAAUCAACACGCACAUUUACCGUUAAAAUCACUGACUCAGGUUUGUCACCACGAAAUUCCUGCCGUUAAGGCUUGUAGAAUAUUUAAAGAUACCAAGAAUCUGCGCAUUGCAGCCCGGCUCAUUCCUGGGUAAACCAGCAGGCAGAAAGAACAUCCUUAGCAGGCACAAGCGGAGCCCGCGUCCACGUCCGCGAUUCGCCGAAUUUUGGGCCUCGCCUCCCGCCGUCCGCUGUCACGUGCGGGCCGCGGCGGCCGCGUAGUUAGGUGGGGGAGACUGAGCUGUGUGCCAGCCGAAGCAGGAAGGGAGGUGGCUGCAGAGCCAUUCUUAAAGGGGCCCAAGAGAUCACACGGCAACGGACGGCUGACGACCGGAAGGAAAAUGAGUGAGUCUUUGGUGGUUUGUGAUGUUGCUGAAGAUUUAGUGGAAAAGCUGAGAAAGUUUCGUUUUCGAAAAGAAACCCACAAUGCUGCUAUUAUAAUGAAGAUUGACAAGGAUAAACGCUUGGUGGUGCUGGAUGAGGAGCUCGAGGGUGUCUCUCCAGAUGAACUUAAAGAUGAACUACCUGAACGGCAACCUCGAACCUUCAUUGUGUAUAGUUAUAAAUAUCAGCACGACGAUGGCCGGGUCUCCUACCCUCUGUGCUUUAUCUUCUCCAGUCCUGUGGGGUGCAAACCUGAGCAGCAGAUGAUGUACGCUGGGAGUAAGAACAAGCUGGUCCAGACCGCCGAGCUAACCAAGGUAUUUGAAAUAAGAAACACCGAAGACCUAACUGAAGAAUGGUUACGUGAGAAACUUGGAUUUUUCCACUAAUGUGAACUUCUGCGUUUCUAAAGUAUUUAUGUAUUAACCUGACCAUACUGGAACCAGACAUAAAUAGUUAUUUAUGCCUAAAAAUGCACUGUUACUUACAGUUUGUUUCCUGCAGUAAAGAAAAAUUCUUCAUUUGUGCAGUUUGAACAAAGGGGAAAUCAUCUUCAUAGUAAUGAAACUUUGUGAAGUGUUUCCUUGUAUCUGUCAUUGUUAGGUGGACUACUUUUCUCCAGGGAUGGUUCGCACCCUUGUGACUAAUUUCUAUAAUUUAUGAUUCAGAAUUUGUUACUGUUGCAGACACUAUAGGAAAGUGGGUAUAGACUGUGAUAGACAACAGUUCCUCCUUGGCCACUCCUGGUACUGGCAGUUUGUAAGUGCCAAGAGCAUUUCAUCACCUGUUGCAUCAUUGAGGUUCACUGGGGCUGAAGUGUAAGUGACCGCUCUGAGCCGUGAGUGGCGAUGUAGUGGAGCCUCUGCUGCUCUCGUCACAUUCCUCCUCUCUUGCAUUCCUGUAUCCUUUCAAUCAAGUGUAGAGUCGCCAUCAAUCACUCCUCCUUAAGGACUGGGGGCUUAGUUUAUGGUAGAGUUAGGAUUAUUAAAGGUUUUCUUCUGAUGGAACAUAGUCCUAGUCUUAGAGACUCGUGGGCUGUAUAAUCAAGGGCUUUCGUCUUGGUUAUGUCACCAGUAGGCAGCUAGAGCGGAGCUUGGUAACAGAAAGCACCUCCUAACGUCUCGUGAGCACUGUUCUGGAUAUGUUAACCUGUGCCUUUGAUUUGUCAGCUUUAACAUUCGCUUCAGACUCCUACACUGCCAGUAUUCUAGAUUUGGUGAGAUUAAUACUUUUUUAAAGGGUUCAAAUAAAACAAUUUUCUAAUAUGUGUAAUUGAAGUUUGUAAUAAAACCAACUUGUUAUUUUUAAAAUUCCAACUAUCUGCCCAAAGUUGUGACAGUAGGUGACAGUUAUAAUUUGAGGUCUAUUUGCUAUUCUGUGCCACAUGUAAGCAUUAUUUAAAACACUGGCCAUAAUUAAUAACACAUCAAUUGAUGUCAUUCCUUUUAUCCUAAAUGUCAGAAGAAAUUCUAAUAUGGACUAAGGCAGUCACGGUUUGAUGAUACCAUCAUCAGGAAGCAAGAUUUCUAAUCUACUUGGAAUUAUUAUGUUACACUUAAGAAAACAUGUAAGAAACGCUGAGUAGUGAUUUGACUUAAAGAGAAAAGUAGAGAGACUGUAGAGGCUGACCAAAUUCUUAUAUUAAGAAGGUAGUGAUUGUGAUCUGAGCAGUGGUGGCGCAGGCCUUUGAUCCUGCUCUUGGGAGGCAGAGACAGGCAGGCAGAUCGUUGAGUUCGAGGCCGGCCUGGUCUGCAGAAACAAGUUCCAGGACAGCCAGGGCUCCCCUUAGAAAAGCUAGCAAAGGCAUCUUUAUGUUGGCACCAUGUGUUCUCUGCAUAGUGUUUGCCUCAGUAGGGCUUUGUGCCAGUUUUACUAGAGGGAAGAGAGUUGGGACUUUGACAGUGGAGUAGAGCGUGGUGUACUCCCAGCGUGUGUUCACUAGCCUGUAUGUCAGGAGGCAAUUGCAAGUGCCAGAGGACGUGUUCAUAUUUGCUCAUGAGUAGGAAAAUCCCUUUAUUCAGAGUCCAGGGAGCAAGAAAACUUGAUCCAGGAAGUUUGGGUCCAUUACACAGAUUGGGUAUGAGCUAGAGAGAGCUGGAUUCUAACCCUAGGGAAGGCAAAUGAGGUCCAAGUAGAGAGUGACGGCAGUGUUUGUGCAUGGUGCAAAUAAGGGUUGGUUUCACCUGGUUAUGAAAGUGCGCUUCAAAGUAGUGCUACACGUGUGCAUUUUAAUCCAGUCCUUUAUUUUGGCUUGCUUAGUUAAAUCAGUUUUUGACAUUUCCAAGUCUCUCAUCAGGACGAUGGCACUGGCCUGCCACACACAGGACUCUCAGUGUCUAGCUCUGCAGCCACACGGGUGGUGAGCGGCUUUCUUUCUCAAGCUUUUCUGACUCUGGUAAGGUAGCACAUUGAGUUGGGGCAUCUAUAGAACAUGGUUAUUCUGUCUGUCCUGAGACAAGUUUUUAAGUCCUGUGCCCUAAAGUAUUCGUGAAAUAUGUAAGUUUCCCUUUAGCUAAAAGUUACAUUCUUUUAAAGUAUUUUUCUUACUCUCUUUCUGCUGUUCCAUAAAGUAUGUCCAGAUUUCAUAAUUCCAGGUCUUUCCACUCCAUGUCUUUCAGGAGCAACCAUUCCCACUCAGCCUUAAUCUUAACCUUUCCUUCUUGGAAGCCACUCUUCCCGGGAACCUCUUUCAUUUUUAAGCAAGUGUUGCUUUGGGAAUUUCUGAUCUUACUAAGCUGUGCAUAGCAUCUAACGUCAGAACCAACUAUGUAUCACAAUGUAUAUGACAUAUGAUUUUGGUGACAACAUAAAGUGACAUAUGAAGAGAGGUAUUCUCAGGUUACCGUGCUGAAAUUCCAAAAGGUCUGAGUUCUGAACAGUGAUUUGUUCUGAUAUUGACACAAUUAUGUUAGGAAAAACGCGGGUUGGCUGUUUUUUUUAAUUGACUUCUAAACUAUGAGUUGUCUGAGGAGUUUACUGGAUACUUAGUGCAAGUUAAACACUUUCUUCUACGAGAGAAACAUUCUCUUGUAGGAGAGGUGUUGCAAGAUUGUUCGUGACUAUGAAAUAAUUUGUAGCAAAAAUGUGUGUUAGCAUUUUCCCUCCCUUGUCUCCUAUUUUCAGGAGCCAAACUUAGCCAUAAACUGUACCCUGGUCUGACACUUUCACUAAAGGUUUCCAGUUAGAGGAGUUUAUUGCCAAAUUAAACUUGGCUCUUUUCCCACUUAGAUAGAAACUAAGGAAGCCGCACAUAAGAAAUGUGUGGACACUUGUAAGACUCAAGUGACUACAUUAAUCUGUAUGUAAAGUAGUGAAUAGACACUUUCAUAAGAAUCGAAAUGCCAAUAUUUGGGAAAUAGAGAGUAACUUACAUCCUAUCAGUUCUAUUGAGUGUUACUAUGGUAGCACUCUGUAUUUGUUCUGGAGACUGAUAUACUGGAAUCCCUAAAGUUUGAGCCUUUACAACUUAUGUGAAGAAAUGUUGCACACAUUUCUGGAUGAAUCUUAUUUUGUAUUUCUAGAAUGUAAAUCAUCUCCUAGGCCUCUCUUGCUGAUGGUUCCAAGCUGAAUGUUCCUGGGUAGGCCAUUUGACACUUCGGAUCAGUGACGUACUCCUGUGAGGUUAAACACUUACAGUACUCCUGAUGGAAACAGUUUCUUGCUUUUUGGAAUAUUAUCACUUGAAUACCACUUGAGAUUACUAACAUGCCAGGACAAGUCCACUGAUUUUGAUGGUCCAAUGUAAUCUCAUUCAGGAGGCUGGGAACAUUGGUGGUUUAGUCUUGUGAAUUUUAACAGAUCUCUGUCAUUGUUUAAGAAAACCAACAACCGGCACUACUUCUUAGGCUGUGGUUUCAGUCUCUGCUAGUUCAUACCGCAUGUUUAUUUUGGAGUCUUUUGGUAAGCAUGGUGCUUGUACUGGUUUAAAUAAAAUGCUAACAUGAAAGGA